CUGGGUCUGGGUCUGGUCAGUCGGGCCGCAGGCAUGGCAGCGUGGGCAACGCAGGACUUUUGCCCCGGACUCGGGGGGGGCGCCGGCCCACAGAACGAUAACUGGGAGGGCGGGGGGCGCCGCUACAGCGAGAGGACGCUGCUUGAUCGCUGGUUCGAGGAGAGGAGUGACCUCCGCCAUCUCCGCAAGAUGAAGCCUCUGCCGUCUCAGUAUGAACAUGCGUAUCGAACAAUAUAUCAGGAUUCCUACGUCAAGCCAGAGACACCGCGGCGAGACUUUAAACGCGAGUACCACGCUUAUCCUGGGCACCAGCCAGAGUUAGACCCUCCGAUCACCAAGAUAUACCCAAAGACCACCUACAUGCUGGAUUACAUGGACCCCGUGUUUCAUUCUAAUCCUCUCGCACAGUUUGAGCCGGACAGAGGGGAAAGCCAGCAGCAGGAAUAUUGCGGGCUCCCGGUCACACCAGAAACGGGGAAGCAGCAGUUAUGUUUCUCUUACAUUCCUCUGGAACCCUGCUCGUCCACCGACGGAACGGAGGGCAGGCAAUCGGAUCUCCCGUUUUGUGGGUCUUUCGUCCCCACGAGGUAUCCUUUGGGGCUGUGCACGGCGCAGUUUUGCCAGUCUUGCACACCGGCCGCGGUACCUCCCGGGUCAGGCCUGUCUGCGUGCUGUGGGCCCGGAGCUCCAUGAAGAAUGGCACUCGGCCUGGGAGAGGAAUCAGUGGAGCGGCGCAGUUAGGGACGGGAGAAAACAGAGAGACUUUCAUUGUAAUUAAUAGUCUGGAAUGACUCAAAUAAACAGGGCGUGGUGUAUGUAACCCCGUGUGCUGAGAAUGUGAUUUUUAUUUAACUCAGUCCGUGACCGACUUCAAGAAAUUAACUUUAGAUGUCUAGUAACGGAAAUGCAGAGAAAGGUGGCGCAGAGGAAGGGUCUCGACCCGAAAAGUCACAUAUUCUUUUUCUCCAGAGAUAUUGUCUGACCCGCUGUUACUCCAGCUUUUUGUGUCUAACUAUCGUCGGUGUAAACCAGCAUCUGCAGGUCCUGCCUGCACUGAUGGAGCGGCGCUGCUGGAUCUGCACAGGCCAGCGAUCCUCGCUGUAAGUUUCUCAUUCCUCGGGCACCCGGGGAGUUCCAUUGCAGGUCUCUAUGUGCAGAAUCGGUCUUCUGCUCUGUCUCUCGUAUGUGCUUGCUGAACUCUGGAGGCAAGUCGGUGAGUUAAAGACCCUCCAAACCAAGUGUGUAUUUGAUGGAAUCCAUGCUUCCAUAAAAUCCAUGAAAUCAAGCGUGCGCUUGAGUUACUUCAGAAACAUGUCUUUCGUCAUUCAUUCAUUCAUUCAUUCAUGGUCGUUGAAAACAUUAGUGAUGCAGUGUUGCUGGUUUCCAACGGGAAAUGUGACGGACGCACCACACAUCUCUGUCCUCCAGUUACCGCGGACUUCCGCCGCUGGAAGUAUAGGAUAUUGGUGUGUGUGCUUUAUCAUUCCUACAAUGCUAUGUACGACAGUGAUCGCAACUUCUACUGAAGUGUGGAUGGCCGUUGGCUCGUCACAAGCGAUGCAUUACGAUAUAAACUUGCAUGAAACGUGAGAGAUUAUUUGAUGAUUAUUUGUUGGUGCUGCACUUUUAGCCUCUGUACUUUUAGGUAAAUUCUGCUGUUACGAUAGAACUGUAUUUGUCCCAGAGGGGAAAGUGGUGUAGUGAACAUGUACUAAAACCAGGACCAGGGGCCACAGUUUAAGAAUAAGGGAUAAGCCAUUUAGAACGGAGAUGAGGAAACACUUUCUCACAGAGUGGCGAGUCUGUGGAAUUCUCUGCCUCAGAGGGCGGUGGAGACAGGUUCUCUGGAUACUUUCAAGAGAGAGCAAGAUAGGGCUCUUAAAAAUAGCGGAGUCAGGGGAUAUGGGGAGA